ACCUCAAUUCCGCCGCUCCCCUCGACGGUCCCUGCCGGGCGCCGGCUGCCGGCGUUCGGCCUCCGCUAGGCGCUGCCCCGCCCGACUUGAGCGCGCGGAUGGCCAAUGUCCGUGCGGCCGCGCCGCCGUUCCCCGAGCACUGUGCGCUCCGUUACCCGCGGUCCGGUCCGGUGUGCAGGGAGAAGGGAGCGGCGCGGUCCCAUGGCGUUGCAGAGGGGUCUUUCUCCAAGGCCUAGGUAACUACCCGCUGUUUAAUUCGAGAGACCUUUUUAAGUACUAGGUAGUAGAUCCAAAGGUGAAAUCGCUGGAAUAAGGGGAAAAUCGAGAAUCAUUUGCAGGCUGCAAUCUGAAACCAUUUCAACCGCAUCCUCUAGAAUUUCUCGACGAACUGUGCGUUUGUGCUCCUGGCAAUGGUAUAGUAUGAUCAAGUCUGUGCAUUUUGAGCCGCGUGGCUUCGACCCUGGCCUCGGUCGAGUCCGCUGCAUUCCUGCGCCGUGCGUCAGCAAACCAGUGGCUCGUUGUUGACUUGACCACCACAGGCACGUUGGAAUGGAAUCCUCACUGAAAGUCCCGCGUUGGUUAUGAUGCCGCGGCACGCGUGCUGGGGAGGGGUUGGCUGGACCCGGGAGAGUAGCCCGUGGUUUUUGCUGUAAUACCGCCAUUGUACUCGUGAACUUGUCUAAAGAGGGCGCGUGAGUGCCCAAUGCCCACGGUUGCACUUCCACCGCACUACCAGAGUAGAUAGAACGCAUUGUUUUCAGUACUGCUGUCCUAUCAGCAAUCUGAAUUAACAAUCUGUCCUGCGCCUGUUCUGUCCAACCUCAUACUUCCUCUCUCUUUCUCUAUAAAUCCUCUUGAUAACUUCGUUCUCCUCCAAACACCGGAGCGGGGCACCAGAUCGCACAUAUUUGUGCACCCUUCCAUCCAUCGCCAUUCAGCCAUAGACCCAUAGUUCCUCUUUCCUUGUCCAAUUGAGCUUCCCCAUGCCUACCCUGAACAUACUGCUAUUUUGCCUUCUUGCAAUCUUCUCUUCUUUGCGCACUCCCUCUCCAUGCUCCGCUGCAAAUGGAAAUAAUGAUACUCUCAUGGCAGGCCAAGUGCUCGCUGUUGGUGACAAGCUCGUCUCGAGAAACGGCAAAUUCGCGCUUGGCUUCUUCCAGCCAGGCUCAGGUAUCACCAGUAAGUACACAGACAUUAGCACCACCACCUCCCCUGGCUGGUACCUUGGCAUAUGGUUUAAUAGGAUCCCUGUUUUUACCGUUAUAUGGGUUGCUAAUAGGGACAAGCCAAUCAGCGAUCCCAAGCUCAACCACACACAGCUGAAAAUCUCAGGAGAUGGCAAUCUUGUCAUCUUAAACCAUGCCACUGAAUCCAUAAUAUGGUCCACUAACAUUGUCAAUAAGACACAAACCAGCAUCAUAAACACCACCGCCGUCCUCUUCAACAAUGGAAACUUUGCCCUCAUGGGAAGCCCAUCUAGUGCGGUACCACCGUUGUGGCAGAGCUUUGACUACCCAACAGAUGUUUUUCUUCCUGGCGCCAAGUUUGGCCGGAAUAAGGUCACCGGUUUGAAUCGCAAAUACAUCUCGAGCAAGAACCUGAUUGAUCCGGGUCUUGGCUCAUUCUGCAUUGAACUUGACACUAAUGGGGCAAUGCUCCUAAGGAGCCGUAACCCCUCUGUAGUGUAUUGGUCUUGGUCAUCAGGAAGUUCAUUACUUGUACCACUAUUGAAGACGAUGCUAGACAUGAAUCCACAAACCAAAGGGUUGAUUAGCCCCGCAUAUAUUGAUAACAAUGAAGAGAUGUACUACACAUACACCUUAGUGGAUGAAUCAUCUUUGAUAUUCGCCUUACUAGACAUCUCUGGUCAGGUCAAGAUGAAUGUUUGGUCACAAGCCAGACAGUCUUGGCAAACAUUAUAUGCCCAACCUGCUGUUCCCUGCACUGCGUAUGCUACCUGUGGACCUUUCACAGUCUGCAACAGCAAUUCAAAGCCAUUCUGUGACUGUAUGAAAAGCUUCUCUCUGAAAUCGUCUCUGGAUUGGGAGCUUGAUGACCACACAGGCGGGUGUGUCAGAAUUACUCCCUUAGAUUGCAAUGUUAAGGAAAACACAACAAGUUCAACAGACAUGUUCCAACCCAUAACACGUGUUACAGUGCCCUAUGACCCCCAAAGCAUAGAAGAUGCUACCACUGAAAGCAAAUGUGCAGAAGCUUGUCUCGGUGACUGUUCCUGCACUGCUUAUUCCUAUAACAGCAGCAGAUGUUAUACCUGGCAUGGGGAAUUGCUUAAUGUAAAACAGAAUGAUAACAUUGACAACACCUCUGAAGAUGUUCUUUACGUUCGCCUUGCCACCAAAGAUGUGCAAAGUGUGAGAAAAAACAAAAGGAAACCAAUUGUUGGAGUUGUUAGUGCUGUAAGCAUUAUUAGUUUUGGGUUGUUAAUGCUCAUUCUGCUGUCAAUGAUUUGGAGGAAAAAAUUCAAAUGUUGCGGUGCACAAUUAUACAGCAGUCAAGGUACUGGUGGCGGAAUUAUAGCCUUUAGAUACACCGACUUAGGUCAUGCUACUAAAAAUUUUUCGGAAAUACUGGGAGGAGGUGGUUUUGGUUCUGUGUUUAAGGGUGUGUUAAGUGAUUCGACUGCUAUAGCAGUGAAAAGGCUUGAUGGUGCCAGUCAAGGAGAGAAACAAUUCAGAGCUGAGGUGAGCUCAAUUGGAUUAAUCCAACAUAUUAACCUUGUCAAAUUGAUUGGUUUCUGCAGCGAAGGUGAUAAGAGGCUACUUGUGUACGAACACAUGGUAAAUGGGUCUCUUGAUGCACAUCUAUUUCAGAGCAAAGCUACCAUCCUAAAUUGGAGCACUAGAUAUCAGAUAGCAAUAGGAGUUGCUAGAGGAUUGUCCUACUUGCAUCAGAGUUGUUGUGAGUGCAUCAUACAUUGUGAUGUUAAGCCAGAAAACAUACUUCUCAGUGCAUCAUUUGUUCCAAAGAUUGCGGACUUUGGGAUGGCAGCAAUUGUAGGAAGGGAUUUUAGCAAGGUUCUGACUACAUCAAGAGGAACUAUAGGGUAUCUUGCGCCAGAGUGGCUUAGUGGAGUUGCUGUUACAGCAAAAGUUGAUGUCUACAGCUUUGGUAUGGUAUUGUUGGAGAUCAUUUCAGGAAGGAGGAACUCACCUAACCAAGGAUACACUAGCAGCAGCUACCAUGUUGCUUUUUUCCCUGUACGAGCAGUCAGCAAGCUCCAUGAGGGAGAUGUGCAGAGUUUAGUGGAUCCACAAUUACAUGGCAACUUUAAUUUGGAAGAGGCUGAAAGGUUUUGCAAAGUUGCAUGUUGGUGCAUCCAGGAUAAUGAGUGUGAUCGGCCGACAAUGAUUGAAGUGGUCCGGGCUCUUGAGGGCCUACAUGGGCUUGAUAUGCCCCCGAUGCCAAGACUACUUGCAGCUAUAACAGAAUGCUCUGAUGGAGCUUCAAUAUUGUAAUUUGCUAAUGCUUCAUAGUUAGCGGCAAUGUUCAAAUUUCUAAUGUGGAUUGGAAGGAAUAAGGCAAGUCAGGCUUUCACUUGUUAAACUGUACAUACGAUGGAUCUCUUUUUUUAUUUUUCAAUGAUCCCAAUUAUGGAA